AUGGAGAAAGCAAUCUUUGCAUUAAAAUUUGAACAGAUCAGAGCGGCUUACAAGAAAAUGAAAGAGGAAGGGAGUGCUGCCGAAGUAAUUCGGUUGACAAUUGAGAAUGCCAUACACCGGAAAGCAUUUGAGAUUGCACAGUGUACGGAUAUUGAGCAAGAAAGUCUUCUGAGGCAGUUACUAGCUGUUACAUUCCAAGCUGCUAAAGAAGAUUUUUGUGCAAAAGGAACAACAGUUGCUGUGAUACAAGAUGUAUUCGAUGUUAGCCCAGUUAAACAUUGUGAAAGACUCUUCGCUAUUGUUGAAGACAAUUUGCCACAAUGGAAAAUGGGUAUUUUUUACGAGCCUUGCAAAAAUAUGAUAUUGAGGAUGUGUAAUGAUUUGCUGAAGCGCCUUUCACGGACGGUGGAUACAAGCUUUUGUGGCCGGAUUUUAGUGUUAUUAGCACAUGCGCUACCACUGUGUGAGAAAUCCGGCUUAAAUCUUGUUAGCCAUUUUAAUCUGGGCAAUAUCACGAAAUAUGACUUGGCAGAUUCUUGCUUUGCUGUUGAUGCGAAUUUAACGGAGGACAGCGACGUUAUGGAAGUCGGUGAAAUAAGUGAACGGGAAAUUCCCGUGGAUUAUACACUUUAUGCGAAAUUUUGGCAGUUACAAUCUUUCUUCUCUUCACCAGCAACAUGUUUUGAAAAAUCUAAAUGGAGGACUUUUCAGCAGAACACAACUGAGGUGCUCAACAUAUUUUCAAGUCAUAAACUGGAAUUCUCUGCAACCCUUGAAGAAGGUUCGAAAAGAGAACGGUCGAAGCAGGAAAAUUCAAAUGAUGAAAUUGCUGCAAUCCCAUCUACUUCGAGAGCUGAUGGAGAUGAAGACAUUUAUUUUGCGAAAUAUUUAACUAGUCAGAAGCUAUUGCAAUUACAGUUGAAUGAUUCUCAAUUUCGACGUUACUUCCUUGUGCAGUGCCUAAUUCUAUACCAAUAUUUAGUAUCCGAUAUCAAAUUCAAGGACAAAUCUUUUACUCUGAAUGAUGAACAGUUACGAUUUAUUAUUGAAUCCACUGAGAGAUGUUUUCGACUACUUCGUGAGACGUAUCCAAAAGGACCUCAUUUUGCUGAUGCUAUGAAAGUAAUUCUUCAUCGUGAGAAGGAAUGGUCUGAAUGGAAGAACAAAGGUUGCCUGGAUUAUACUCAAUUGGCAGACAAAGAAAAGCCUAGCGUUUUUAAAAAGCGGCCUAGAAACAGAUAUGACCCCUCGAAACUUGAUCUCGGCAAUCCAGAACUGACGAAGUUAUGGAAUAUCAAUCCAGAUAUGUUGUCAGCUUGUGAAGACUCAAGAAGAAAUUUUAUACCGAAGUUGGUUGCAUUCCUUGAAGAUCCUCUCGACGAACUAGAUCCGGAACAACUAGUUGAAGAGCAAUAUAGAUCGGUGAACAAUGAAUCGUUCCAGUGGAGAGCAUCACGGCUGCUGAUGUCUCAGAGCACGUCAUAUUUUCAAACACCAUCGAAGAGGAGUGAAGUAACAACGAAUUUAGCACCAUUUUUGGAAGAAGUGAUCAAGCAUACUGCAGCUAAUUUCCCGGAAUUGAAAGAUCGCAUUCCGGGUAUUACAGAUAACAAAAGAAAUAUCAAAGGAAAUGUGAAUAGUAAUAACAGUUCUGCUUCAUCAGCUCUUCGUAAUGGGCGGGAGCAUAUUGAACCAUCUGCUGCUUUAACUGACUCACACAUCGAACAGCUGGCACCGUUACUUGCAAGCAAUUGGUCGACGUUAGCAGAUGUAAUGAAUAUCAAUAAAGAAAGAAACGACGCGAAAGAAGAGCCAAUGAAAGUGGCACAAAGAAUACUAACAGCCUGGAGGCAGAAGGAGGGAAAAGCAGCAACGGUUAAACGGAUUAGUAGUGUUUUAUUGAUGGCUGAAUUGUUCAGUGAACAAGUUGGACAAGUUUUUAGAGGGAAUACACCGAAAAGGAUUUCAGUAUGA